UUGAACCUGUCAGAAGACUCGUUCAGAGAAUGAUAUAAACAUGGUUGCUUUCUGCUUUAAAAUGUAUUUGUUUUUCAUAUGUUAUUGUAUCAUAAUCAAUGACGUAUGGACAAUUUUGGUUAUCUUCGUCAAAGGUAGAUUGUAGUGUGACGCUAUGGUCUCCAUGGAGUUCAGUGAACAGUGCCGGACAGCAGACUAGAAUUAGACGAAUAAUGCGUCAUCCUCAAAAUGGCGGCAAAACCUUGUCCUCCCCUGAAAGAGACAAGAGAUAUAUUAUCACCUUGGUCGCAAUGGAGUGCAAACUUUGGGUUUGGUCAACAAUCGCGAGUAAGGCAAGUCAUAGCACCACUAUCUAAUUCAGUUCGAACUACACUUAAUAGUGCUUCGGUUGGUGCAGGACGACCAACUGGAACAUAUAAGCUUGAAGAUUUCCGGUAUACUGGAAUGACUCCAGAUGUUAGAGAAACUGCAAAAUCACUCAUGAACUUCUUUUUGAGACCAAGUUGGCAAUCUCUUGCUACACCACUUAAAAGCUUAGCUUUCAGCCCUGUCAGUCGCCGCAGUCAGGUUCCAAGGCUAAGAGAUUUGGUUCUUAUCUUAGACAGUUCUGGAAGCAUUGGCACAACGAGUUUUGUCUGAGCAAAGGAACAGUUAAGCAAACUUAUCGGUUUGAUGUGUCCGGCAAAACCAUUUGAUAGGAUUGAUGGGUCUCCCUAUCAAUUUAACCAAGCUGCCAUGGUGACGUAUUCGACGCAUGUGACUACAAACUUUUAUUUCAAUACAUUCAAUACCACAGUCAGUAUUCAGAAUGCCAUUAAAAGCGCUGCAUAUGUAGGACGGUUGACAUAUACCAACAAAGCGUUUGAUCAAGCAAAGGUUCUCUUUCAACCUGGCAAAGGUGUAAGAGAUGCUGCACUCGCUAAAAACGAGGUACUUAUUCUUUCUGACGGACAGUCAUCAAGUCGAACGUUAGCUCAGACUGCUGUUGGAAAACUCAAACUUGUAGCGGAUAUAUACGGACUCAUGAUAGGAAACUUCACACAGGCCGGGAUGGAUGAACUCACAAAAUGUGUGUCUUUCCCGAAAAAUGAACAUCUAUUUUCCAUAAAAUAUUUCUCACAAUUUAAAGACUUAGUAAACGCCCUUGAAGCUAAGAAGAUACAAGCUGGUGAUAAGUGGUGUGCACCUUUCACUCCGUAAGGUCCAUACUUUUGUGAACUGCUGUAAAAUAAAUCAUGAACUCGUACUGUUGAUAAUGCUUAUCUGAUAAGAAGUACAGUGUCAAAUGUUCCAAUAUAGACUUUUUUCUCACCUUUUCUGUAAAAGUAUAUUCUUAUUGAAAGCUUUAUAUUUGAGCUUGAUUUAUGACUUUUUAUCAUCACAUUACAUUGAGUUUUGUUGAUAAGGUGCAUGCCUGAUAAAAUUAGCUUUAUCAGUCACUCUCAGUGUAUCAGACACGCCAUCAGUACAUAUUAAAAUUUAAUGAAGAGAAUAUAAUAGUUUUACCUCUUUCUAGUUUGAGAUAUCUAAC